CACAUUUUUCGUCCAAGUCUCUUUUUCUGAUUGGCUCCUGAAGAGUAAACCCAGCAUUCCACACUGUUUAGCUGCAGCAGCUUUUCCACUGCAGACUUGUGGGUUUUCUUUUCCUCACCUGGAGUCCCUGAACACUCUGAAGGCUGAUGACUAAAAGUUCACCUUGUGACUUCUAGCGCAUCUGAGGACAGCUCAUCGACAGUAUUGUGGUGUUAGUGGAAACAUGUUUGUGUCAGCAGUGAAUGCCAUCAUCUUGCUGUGUUUCUGUUCACUCCAUCCUGCUUAUGGACAGGACUGUCCAAGUAGGCUGGAAAUACAAGGAUCUCUGAAGCAGGUCCAGAAGCUCCUGUCAGCCCAUGAAGCCUCCUACUUACAGAGUCUACGCAACCUGAAGAAGAAAAUUAAUUUACUUCAGAGCAGUGCAGGGAAGCAGACAAAAGCCACAAACAGUACUUGCCCAAAACUGGAUGCUCCUAUCAGUGGGAGAAAACUGGGCAAAUCCCACAGCGUUGGCCAUGAGGUCCAUUUUCUCUGUGACCGGGGUUAUGAACUUGUGGGAUCAGAGACCAGGGUUUGUCAGGAAAGCCUGACCUGGAGCGGCCAGCAGCCCACCUGCCGAGACAUCAAUGAGUGUGCAUCGUCUCCCUGCAUGAAUGGUGGGACGUGUGUGGAUGAGGUGAACCAGUUUUCUUGUGUCUGUGCCAAGGGUUGGGCUGGAGCUACCUGUCAGAGUCCUGUGCCAACAUUCUUCAUCACCAUGACAAACACUUCAGCCGCCACUGCUGCUGCUACCACCUUACCAGCUGCCACCACUGGGCCUUUUGUUCGUCCAUCACGUUGCAGUACAGUGCAAGGGACCACCCACUGCACCUGUGAGCCAGGAUACACUAUCUCUGGCAGAGACAGCUACACCUGCACUGAUAUAGAUGAAUGUGAGCUAUUCCAUAAUGGACAAGCUGGCAGAUUGUGUUUACAUGCUUGUGUUAAUACUCCUGGAGGCUACCGCUGUUCCUGUCCAACUGGGUACAAUGUGACCCGAGAUGGACGAAGCUGUAAAGAUAUUGAUGAGUGUGCCACCAGGCAAAACGACUGCACUAAGGACCAGAUGUGUGUUAACACAUAUGGUGGUUUCCAGUGUGUUCGUGUGGACUGCCCAAAAAUUCCUAAUGCUACAUAUGUCAAGACAUCCCCAAUGCGUUGUGAACGUAAUCCCUGUCCAGUUGACAACAAAGCUUGCUCUCAGGCCCCGAACUCAUUCUCCUAUCAUUACCUGGCCGUUGUGUCCAACCUGUCAGCUCCUCGCGUUAUGUUCAGAGUCUCAGCACUGCGUCCAAUAGGUGACACGCUUCGCUUCUCCUUGCUUGGUGGAAAGCAAGCUCGUCGCCACUUCACUGUCCAGCGUUCAGACCGCCUGACAGGUCAGCUGAUGCUGGUGAGCCCAGUGCAGGGUCCCACCACUCUGGAGGCAGAAGUGGAGAUGAGUGAGCUGGAGAGACGAGUCCAGCUGGGGAGGUAUAUCACCAAAGUCACCAUGUUUGUUUCCCAGUAUGAAUUCUAAAAACAGGAAAAAAUGUAUUUAUUGUACUAAGAGGAGCAGUUUAGAAGAUGAAAGAUGAACAAUAAAGUAACAGUUAGGUUGUACGAGAUAAAGACAUAGGCAGUCCAUACUGAGAUAGAGUAUUAUUUUUGUAAAUGUUAUCGUAACAUUCAGGAUAACUUUUAACAUGUCAACAACAUUGUAACCCUAACAUCAUUAAACUUCAU